CCCCCGCCUGAGCCUUCUCAUUCUCCGGCUGCGCCGCCCCACAGAGGAUUAAAACUCGCGCGUGGCCGCUCACCACCACUCCCCCAACCGCCGUCUAGGGUUUCUCCUCCGCUUCGACUCAUUCCCAUGGCGACUCCACUGCAGUCUCGUGCCUUGAACGCUUCCUUCGCCAACCUCAACUCCAUCCACAAGCCUCGCCACUUCCUUCACCAUCCACACGACCUCAAGCUCGCUCCGUCGUUGCCCCGCGGGAGCAGCUCCAUGCUCUCGUCGAGCAUCGGCUUCGCUUCGCGGAGGGCUGCGACCCCGCGGGCCACCGCGAAGGCCGCCGGCGAGUCCGUGACUGCCUUCCACGGCCUCUGCUACGUCCUCGGAGACAACAUCGACACCGACCAGAUCAUCCCCGCCGAGUACCUCACCUUAGUCCCUUCGAACCCCGCCGAGUACGAGAAGCUCGGCUCGUACGCGCUGAUUGGCCUUCCUGCGAGCUACGAGACUCGGUUCAUCGAGCCCAACGAGACCAAGACCAAGUACAAGAUUGUUAUCGGGGGAGCGAAUUUCGGGUGCGGAUCCUCGCGUGAGCACGCGCCGGUGGCGCUCGGAGCGGCGGGAGUCUCAGCUGUGGUGGCGGAGUCGUACGCGCGGAUAUUUUUCAGGAACUCUGUGUCGACUGGAGAGGUUUAUCCGUUGGAGGCGGAUGUUAGGAUUUGUGAGGAGUGCAGGACAGGCGACACCGUGACAAUUGAAUUGGCGGAGAGCAAGCUGAUUAAUCACACUACCGGGAAGGAGUAUAAGCUGAAGCCGAUUGGUGAUGCAGGGCCAGUGAUUGAGGCAGGAGGGAUUUUCGCAUACGCGAGGAAGACGGGGAUGAUUCCAUCCCAAGCAGCUUGAGCACUUGCAUUAGGGACUUGUCUUGCACUUAAUCUACCCUGUUGACUGUUUUGAUGUAUCUACCCUCAUAUGCUGUGCUGCUCUUUUGCAGGCACUUGCAUUAGGGACUUGUCUUGCACUUAAUCUACCUUGUUGACUGUUUUGGGUGGGCGUUUCUCUCUUUUCAUGGCUUGUAUGUUUGUUGGAAUAAAAAGAUGCUAUUUGCCUGA